UCCGAGGCGCCCCGCCCGUGCGCUCUUUCCAGAGAACGGCACCAUGAAGCGCAUUCUGCUCGCCAGCCUGCUGCAGCUCCGCCGCCGGGGCUCCGCUGCCCUUCUGCCUCGCAGUGUGUUGGGGAGUUUUGGGGGAAGACCCCAAACUGUAACCUUGAACCAUGCAUACAGCACAGAGGGAGGAAACACCACUAAGCCAAUCGGACGCUAUCCAAUACCCAAUAAGAAUGAUUUGCCAUAUGAUAUAGUUGAGCUCAUGGAUGAAGUAGAAGUAAAGAGUGGGUUUUUGCCCAAUGUGUUUAAGGUGAUGUCUCAUCGGCCAGCAGAAUUUAGAGCCUUCUUUGCUUAUUACAAUGCCAUCAUGAACAAGGAGACAGGAAACCUAAGUAAGGCUGACAAAGAGCUUAUUAUUGUGGCUACCAGUGUUGUUAACAACUGUCCCUACUGCGUAAUUGCGCACAGUGCUUUACAUAGGAUAUACUCCAAGAAACCAAUGCUAGCGGAUCAGGUCAUGGUGAAUUGGAAAAUGGCUGACCUGAGUGAUCGGGAACUGGCCAUGCUGGAGUUUGCACGUGCAGUCUGUCGAUCAGAGAACAUCACCGAAGAGCAUUUUCAGAAACUAGAGGCACACGGGUUUGACCGAGAAGAUGCCUGGGACAUAGGCACCAUUUCGGCCUUUUUUGCCAUGUCGAAUCGCAUAGCUCACUUCACAGAUAUGCAUCCAAACUCGGAAUUCUACACCAUGGGAAGAAUACCAAGAGAAAAAGACAAGGCCAAAUCUUGCUAACGAAGCUUGCUGGCACCCAAAUCUUUGCAAGGACAUUGAUCUCCCAAUGCUGAGACCAAGCUUGAUCGAUUACAGACUUAAGAGUCACAAAGUCAAAAUGGGCAAGUAUUGGACGCAGUGAGAAGGGAAAUGUAUUUCACUUUCUAUUGAAAUUAAAGACACGGCAAGAUCAAA